UAAAUGCAUUCAAAAAGUUAUUUCUGAAACUAAUACUGUUGUGCAAAAUUUGUGAGAAAAUAUGGUCGAGCCAUACGUUGAGGCCCUUAAACGAGAUAUCAAAUCUGGUUUUGGAGUAAUUGAAUGGAACCUUCUGUGGAGGCGCUGGAAGUUUAAUAACGAUUCUGUGAUCAGUGUCUUCAGGAAGACCGCCGCCAAAAAUGCCGACAAAAUUGCCAUUAAGUCUGAGACCCAGACGUGGACUUUCAAAAUGUUGGACCAGUUCUCCAACAAAGUGGCCAAUUAUUUCACAUCUCUUGGAUUCAGAGCCGGCGAUCAAAUGGCGCUUAUGAUGAACAAU